AUGGUGGAGCCUCUUGGCCUAGCGCUGGGGGUACUAGGGGUCGCCGGGCUCUUCAAGUCAUGUAUCGACAACUUCGACAUUGUCGUCCGCGCGAAAAAUUUCGGUGAAGAUUUUGACCUCCUCUGCACACAGCUGGCGCUUCAGCGUCUCCGAUUAGUCCUCUGGGGCGAGUCGCUAGGCCUUGUUGCCUCGCCCCAAGGUGACAACACCCCCUACAAUAUCGGGCUGGAUAGGCCAGACAUCAAGGUGGUCAUUGAGCCAUCGCUUGAUUACUUGCGCCGGCUUCUCGAGAGAGCAAGCGUGGUCACCGACCGUUUCGCGCUUAGCAACGCCGUCGAUUCGUCACCCGGCUCAAUGUCACUCUUUCGAGACAGAUUUGAUGCCUUUCGACGCCGGAUGCAUGCCAACCAGAAACAAAAUUCCGUAUGGAAGACUACUCGCUGGGCAGUCCACGACGCUGCGGCCUUCAAGGCAACGGUCGAUCAGAUUAAGCAGCUCGUGGAUGGGCUGGAGAGUAUCACUGGGACUAUGGAGAACUUACUGCGACGGCAGAGGGCCGCUCUCGUCGGGGAGAUCGAGUCGGUACCAGAUACACGAAGUCUACGCCUGAUACAGAUGGCUUCAGGCUCGUCAAACGAUCGCGACGCAUCAACGCGGUUGAUCAGCGACGUCGCGAGCCACCAACUGAGUUUAGUCAAGAGCUCGUCGAGGUCAAGCUUUUCACGUAUUGUUGGCAGUGGCAGUUUGUACCACACUACGCCCUUAUACCCACGAGCACAACUCCAAAGAGCUUCAGACAGACCGAUGUUCGAAUCCUGCUCCCUCCACCUCCUCCCCCGCUUACCCGUGGCAAGGAUAACCCGGCUGGCUAUCGACAACAACCACCCGCCUGUGCCGUCGAGCCCACACUUGUUGGGAACUUCGUCUCCAUGGCUACAAACGACCGACAGCUCCGCUGUUUGGACACAGGCCCCUCUCGAUGAAGAGCCGUCAACUGCCGUCAGACGAAUCCUCCUGGCCGCUACUCAUGGUUCUGAGCGCAGAACAGUGCGAUACUCACUCGGCGCUUUGCUUACUGCCAUCUGCGUCUUUUUGGCAAGUCCAGACGUCGAUGAUCCGCUAUUGAUCGAGAUUGCCGAGCUCUACGUUAGAGACUGCGACAGGUACGAGGUGGUUGCGUGGAAUUACACGUGCAAGUACGCGCGGGAGUCACAACCCCCAGAGUUUGAUGACUUAGAUUUGGACAAUACUCCCGGCGACCAACAAGCCGUUGCGCCGUUGCCUUGCGAGCCAAUGAAUACCGAUGAAUUAUCGUUCCUUUUUGCCAGACCAUCGGAUAGCGAAACUGGUACUAUGCUAUCCCACACAACUAAAUCCACCUUCGGAACAGUCAAGUGA